CCUGUUGAUUGUUACGUACUUAUGUACAUACGUGAUGCGUGCUUGCGUACGUGUGAAUUACACGUAAAACUUAAAGAUAUCGUUCGUCUUAUUCUACAUUCGACGAGUUUCGACGAACUUCGGCUAUCCUCGAGGACCUUCGUGUUUCGUUGGAUAAACCAACCGGCGUCCUAUCUUUCGCUUUCUCCCCCCCCUCUCUCUCUCUUUCUUUCUCCCCUCUCUUUCUUUCUUUCUCUCUCUCUCUCUCUCUCUCUCUCUCUCUCUCUCGUUCGCUCGCUCGCUCGCUCGCUCUCACUCGUGUUUUAGUGCUCGUGCUCGUGUGCUCGCUCUCGUGGUCUCCGAGGCCGAAGGAGACAACUCGCGACGAAUGUUCCGAGGACGAGUGCCGUCGGCAGAAUGUCAUGUCGCUUCGAAAUCGGAUGAAACUCGAUCGACAAGCGCGACCGAACGCGGUUGUUGUUUCCGCCGAUCAUCAUUUUGAUAUUUUCCUAUCGAGAUGGAAACCGAGGUUCGAACGUUAAAGGAAGAAUUAGCUCAUACUCAAGAAACAUUAAAAGCUGCGACGAAAAGAUGUCGAGAUUUGGUGAGAGAAUUGGACAAUCGUACAGCAUUAUACGAAUCGGAAAGGACUUUAAGGGAUCAACAAUUAUCACGGAUUCUACGUGCUUUGUUGAUCCUAGAAGCACGACUGAAGCAAGAACAAAAGUCGAUUAGGCAGGUAUUAUGCGAAAAGGACAACGUUAUUAGGAAUCAACAAUUGGAAAUCGCUAGGCUAAGACGUUACACCAAAAAUUAUAUCAAAUCUAAACGUGAGCAGAUAUUAGGUAGGACAUCGGGUAUAAAGGUCAACAUUGGUCCUAACGUUGAUAAGAGUUCUUCGUUGGAGAAGACUGAAAAACUCGAGAAUGAAAUCGACUCGAGACAAGACGACGAUGAUCUCAGUAAAGAGAUCGAGAAUCUCAAGUGUGAAAUUAUUACGAAACUCGAUUCUUCGGAGGUAAUACCAGUAGCUUUGGAAAACUUGGAUCGUGGGAUAAAGAAGACGUAUAGUUUUGCGGGUAGUGAUGUCUCGAAGACGAGUAUGACAAGUAGCGAAAAUACUGAUGUAUCUAUCGUUACUACUACAACGGAGGGGAGUCCAUCGUUGAUCAGUACGGAAGGAUUUUGCGAGGGUGAGAGUACGGAUGUAUCGCCGGGUUCGACCUUGAACAAAUCGAAUAGAUGUACACCAACAACAGUAACGGAUAGUGAAAAUGAGACGACUAUGAUAUUCGAUGAGGAUAACAACGAGUUGGAUGACGACGAGAGAGAAGACGAGGAUGACGAAUAUAACGAUAAUAUCAAUGACGAUAAAGAGAGAGAAACGUUAUUGGUCGGUGAGGUUGCGUUUAGUUCGACGAAGAGGAAAACUUCUUUAGGUAGAUCGAAAUCCCAAAAAGUUUCGAUGAAAGGUUCGAUCGUUGGUACGAAUAUUAUAAGAACGGAAAGCAAGGACGACGGUAUGGAUUGUAAUUUUGUUUCGGAGGACGAAGAGAAGGAACAGGAACCGAUAUACGUUAAUUCCUUCAAUGAGAACAAUGUGAAAAAUUUGGAACAUUCGAAUGGUAGAGUCGUCCCUGAAAUUUCUCAGGAUUAUACAAAUAACAAUAACGAUACCUCGAUCGAAGCCGAGACGACGGAUGAACAGAAUACAGAAGAGACUAGUGGUAAUUGGUAUAGUGAUCCUGACGAAGAUAAAACUAACGACGACGUAUUCAGGCAUACUUCAUAUCGAUCGAACAGUAAUCAUAAUUCCGUCCUUGAAUGUGUCAAUCAAAUACUUUUGAGGGAUAUGGAAGACGAGGAUCGUGUAUUAUCGGUACCAAGGAGAUUUAAACACAGAGGUAGGACAGUGAGAUUUCAACCGGCUAGAUUAUCGGAUAUCGAAUCGGUUGGUUCAGAAAUGGAAAGGAAAAAUUCUGAAGAAGGAUUGAUGGAAAAGGAGACAUUAAGUGGUGAUUUUAGUGAUCAAAGAUCGAUGAACGUCGCCAGUUUCGAGGCCACAGCUUCCGAGGAUGAAUAUGGCAUGAGAAUAACUCAUCCGGUUGAUCCAAACGAAGUUGUUAAUUCUACCGUAGAAUCUGUUCUCGAGGAUGACCCUGAAGAACCAAAAGUUAUACCGAUCGUAAUUAUAGAGCCAAAGGUAGAGCCAGAGGAAAUAAAAAAUUCAGGCCUUGCCUCGUCAACUCAAAAGCCAAAAAUACCUAUUCAAUCGGUUAGUCCACCGCUUAGAAUGGAAAGAAUCGAAGAGAAGACGUGUUUGCAAAUGUCGACGAAACGUUUGACCAUAGCUAAGAAUCUUGAUUACGAGGACAUCGAGUCCUUACCGGAAGUUAUAUUGCCAUCGCCUAAAACUCCACCAGCUUUACCACCGAAGCCACAAUUUCGUAAUAAUACCUUGAUAUUAAAGAAAAUACCAAGCCCGUCGUUUUUGAUUGACGAAACGAGAAAGAAAUUGUCAGAGGUCAGUUCUGCUGCUGCACAUGGGAAAAAGAUCUUCACUCUUAUUGGUUCACCGAUUGAAUCUUCAUCGACGAUAACAAAGACCUCUGUUAAAAAUUUAAAUUUCGACGAAACGUCUACGAAAAAUGUUGGAAACAACGAGGAUGGUAAUUUUUGGAAAAAUCGAUUCAAUAACGUUCGUUCGUCCUUUCAAUCACGACAUUCCAACGAAAAGAAUGUCGUCCAUCGAUCACGUAAAAUUCCAAGGGUUACGAACAUAGUACGGCACUUUGAGGAAUUUAAAAUUGGUGGAGAAAAUGAGGAACGAUCUAAGGAACGUAACAAACCGAAGGAGAGAUACGUUCGUACGGAAUUCGGUCAAGAAUUCGACAUAAGACAAAACUUUGAGGAAUUUAACCUCGACGAAUGCGAUCUUUCGGAUGAUCCAAAUCGGCCAGAAGCCGAUGGUUCGGAACGACUUAGUAAUAAUCAUCUCGUAGUACCAGUUAGUCAAAAUGAAACUAAUAACGCACUGACCAAAGACAAUAAUAAUCAUCUUACGACUGCUACGAAUAAUGCGAAUACUGGUUACGACAAUUUCUUAGAAGCAACGGGUCUGAGCAACAAAUCCAUAUUAACACCCUCGAGAUUAUUGAGUAAUCAUAAAAGUAUGCUUAAACCUAAGGAUGUUAAAUAUAAGAACAAAAUAAAAGCUACGGCGUUUUUAGAAAAACAUAAUGCCUCGACGUAUAAUACUAAUACGACGACGACGAUGACGACGACAAUGACGAUGACGAUGACGACGACAACAACGACGACUACAGCGAUGGUGACGGCAACGGCAACGUCAACGUCAACGUCAACGUCAACGGCAACGACAACAACGACAGCGACGCCAACAACGACAACACAUGUCAGACAUUGGACUGGACCAUUCGUUUGAUGAUUAAUUAAACGCUUUUCUAAAAGUUACACUAUUUACAACAGAUAAGAGGAAAAUGAAUUUGUUAAGAGAGUUUUUGGAAGAUUAAUAUUAUAAAUUAUUUUAGAUUUGAAAUAUAUCGAUUCCUGUUAUGCAAAG